UAUUCUGUGGUGAUUGUUCAUUGAACAGUAGUUUGUGAACACUUUUCGUGAAAGGCUGAAGGCUGAAGGCUGCUGUAACAUGUUUUCGAAAGCUGAUGUUCUCCUGUAUAUUGCUAGUCUGUUUCUUCAAGAAUCAAUUCAACAAAAUACAUCGGGGCCAACAAUUAUACCAAAAGCUGAUUUCAAUUUGAAAGGAGAAACAAUUGAAUUUUGUAGGGUUUUGCAUUUACCCUGUAGUGAAAUCCCACCAGUCAUAGAUUAUAUUACCUCAAUAUCAAAUGAUCAAAGACAUCAAAUCAUGGAUGUGGGCUGGAAGCAGUAUGGCAAUCACACAAAUCGACAUGAUACUGCAAUGUCAGCUAUUUUGUUUUGCUUCGAACCAGACCAAACCAAGGAUAAACAAAAGAGUUUUGAUUCAACUCAAACUGAUGCUUAUAAUAAUAUAUUUGACAUUUGUGAGAAGCCAACCACUUUUCUGGCACGCAGACUCCAUGAUUCGCUUCAAAAAGGAGGGGAAGAUUUGUCUUAUCAGUCAAUAAUGUGCACCAGUACGGGAGACGAACUAUCGCAGUUCGAUAAAAAUUUUCCUUCUCUAAAAUACAAAAGUUUCACUGAAGAAAUAGAUAAAAAAUUAAAAGAUGACGAUUUGAAGAAAUUUCUUAAGGACUUACUGACGCCACCAUACCGGUCAAACGAUAAGGCAGAUGAUAAAAAAACAGCUGAUUUGGUGAAACUCAUUCCAACUGGGAACAAUGACAAAUGUACAGCGGAUGCAACCAGUCAGGAGUUCUAUGAUAUGAUGCAUAAAGAGAGCUUCGACCAGAUAAAAGCAGUGGGAGAGAUGUGGAACAAAAACAAUGCAAAUGUUGACAUUGUAGCAGCAAUCGCAAAUAGAUGCGCAUCACAUCUUGGAUCAUGUUUCAAAAGAAUAUGUGAGUGAUAUUUGUUGGAUCAACGCACACGUGUGGAAAACCGAAGAGGAAAUAAUACAACAAAAUAAUUGUAUUAAUAAUUGUAUUAUUUUCUCAUCUAUUAACAAUAUGGUUUCCAUUUGCAUUGAUACAGAAAACAAAUUAGAUUCUUUUUUCUCUGUAUUUCUAUUUUCUUCCAGAAUGUAUUGAAGUUGGUUCUGUAUUAAUGUAAAUAAAGAGCAAAUUGUAAAAGCACAAA